AUACAUCUCGCAGCAUCAAGAUGUCAUUAAGUUUGACGCUAUUUUCUCACAAGUUUCUUCCAAAGGUUCGACCCAACUUAGUUCUAGCGCUUUUUGGACUGCUUGUAAGCGGCAUAAUCCUUAUUUACACAUACCAACGAGACGUGGGAAACGCGAUGACACAUUUCAUAUGGAAGCAAGCGAAGCUACAAUCGAUUGGUACAAAUGUUCCCAGACCGCUCAAAGAUGUGUUGCUGACGGAACCUAAGCCCAAACCCGGACGCACCAUAUUUUUUCUUGAGACGACCCGCAUUGUCAGACCAAAACCAGAGAUGAUGAACAACAUGUUACAGCUGACGGCGCGUCAGGCUUGCGCAAUUGAGUCAGCGGCGUUGCAUAAUCCCACUUUCGAGGUGUUUGUCCUGUUCGCUGGUCCCACCUACAGUUAUCCCGAGAACAGCAGCCAGCACCAGCAGCCGAUCAUCGAUGCGAUUCUUAGUUACAAAAAUGUGCAGCUUCGUCAAUUAAAUCUUAGACGUUAUGCGACCGGUACACCUAUUGAGGAUUGGGUAAAAUAUGGGGAACUAUUUAGCUCCAGAUUUCCGAUUCAUCACGUAUCCGAUCUACUGCGGCUAAUAACCCUCUAUCGUUAUGGUGGCAUCUACUUGGACAUGGACGUGGUGCUAUUGCGCAGCAUGGAGGAUGUGCCCCUGAACUAUGCUGGUGUCGAGUCUUAUACUCACGUUGCCAAUGGUGUCUUAAGCAUGGCGCCAACUGGUUUUGGGCAUGAGUUUGCUAAAUCUUGUCUACUUGACUUUCAACAGCAAUUCGAUGGUGAUGCCUGGGGCCACAAUGGACCUGGUGUCAUCACACGCGUAGCACAAAGGAUUUGCGGCACCACGAAUAUGUCACUGAUGUUGGAGGAUCGCACACGUUGCCAGGGUUUCAAGGUGUUCAAUCAUACUGCGUUUUAUGCAGUUUCCUAUACAGAUUGGCGCCACUUCUUUCAGCCGCAAUAUUUGCAGCAGACGCUUGCACGCACCAAGAACUCGUACUUAGUGCAUGUGUGGAAUCAGGUCUCCAAAGUAUUUCACAUAAAAGUCGGCUCGCGAACUGCCUAUGGCAAGUAUGCAGAAAAAAAUUGUCCUAGGGCGUAUGCCGCAGCGGGCUGCAUAAUCCUGACUUACACAUACCAACGAGACGUGGAAAAGGAGAUGACAUAUUUCACAUGGGAGCAGGCGCAGCUGCAAACCAUCAAUACAAAUGUUCCCAGACCGCUCAGAGAUGUGUUGCUGACGGAACCUAAGCCCAAACCCGGACGCACCAUAUUUUUUCUUGAGACGACCCGCAUUGUCAGACCAAAACCAGAGAUGAUGAACAACAUGUUACAGCUGACGGCGCGUCAGGCUUGCGCAAUUGAGUCAGCGGCGUUGCAUAAUCCCACUUUCGAGGUGUUUGUCCUGUUCGCUGGUCCCACCUACAGUUACCCCGAGAACAGCAGCCAGCACCAGCAGCCGAUCAUCGAUGCGAUUCUUAGUUACAAAAAUGUGCAGCUUCGUCAAUUAAAUCUUAGACGUUAUGCGACCGGUACACCUAUUGAGGAUUGGGUAAAAUAUGGGGAACUGUUUAGCUCCAGCUUUCUGAUUAAUCACAUAUCUGAUCUGCUCCGGUUUAUAACCCUCUAUCGCUUUGGUGGUAUCUAUUUGGACAUGGACGUGGUGCUGUUGCGAAGCAUGGAGGAUGUGCCCCUGAACUAUGCAGGCGCCGAGUCUAAUUCUCACGUUGCCAGUGGAGUCAUGAGCAUGGCGCCUCACGGCUUUGGACAUCAGUUUGCCAAAUAUUGUCUACGUGACUUUCAGCGGCAUUUCGACGGUGAUGCCUGGGGCAACAAUGGACCUGGUGUCAUAACACGCGUAAUACAAAGGGUUUGUCGCACUAAAAAUAUCACAUUGAUGAUGGAGGACGAAAAGCGCUGCCUGGGCUUUAAGGUGUUUGGCCAAAAUGCAUUUUAUGCGGUGCCUUGGGAGGAUUGGCGACAUUUCUUUGAUCCGAAUUUACUGAAGCAGACGCUGGCACGCACAAAGGAUUCGUAUUUAGUUCACAUAUGGAACGACAUUUCCAAACAGAUUAACCGGGUGGGUUCAAGUAGCGCUUAUGGAAAAUUUGCGCAGCAACAUUGUCCCAGGGUAUAUGCUGUAGGUGCUGAAUAUUUCUAGGGUAUAGUUAAAUUUCUUUUUAUAAAAGAUUCCUUACGGAGGAAGAUUUCCAAUUUGGCUGCCAAAAAUGACUCGUUCGCAUCCAUCCACAGCAAAUUUAAUGUAAUAUAAAUACAGCUAGCAAUUGUAAUACUUAAAUAUAUAUAUGUAUGUGUUAA